AUGUCUAGCGCGGGAUCUACGUCUCAGCGCGGCCCGAGGAAAACGAGAUCAACGCCCAAGGUCAACCAUCUUGAGAUUGCCAAUGAGAAGACAGAUGCGGAGUUCGUUGAAGAGUAUUUGCGUCCAAGCGAGAACUGGACCCAAUGGACUCAUCCCACCUCGGAAAAGAAAUACACGUUGAACCUACUUGGCGUGGCGCGUCUCACUGACGCCGAGUUAGAAACGUGCUAUAACCUGAUUGAGAAGACGAGUGGAGAGGACUAUCGCAACUCGUCGUCCGGAUGGCAUCCUGCGGCAAAAAGAAAAGAGAUGCGGUCACCGGGUCUGCGGUACAUUCUCAUCCAGACCAACCCCGGGGAAGGGAAUGAUGACACCGGGAUCCGAGGGUUCAUGUCCAUCAUGCCAACGAUCGAGAAUGCCGAGCCAGUGGUGUAUGUGUAUGAGGUGCACCUGGAAACAGAGCUUCAAGGGACCCGCCUCGGGAGGCUCCUGAUGGAAUAUGCGAGGGUGAUUGCCGAUAAUAUCCCUAGCGUAGGGAAGGUGAUGCUCACCUGCUUUGUUAGCAAUGAGCGCGCAAGACGCUUCUAUGGGAAGAUGGGCUUUGACCUGGACGAGUCUUCGCCAAGAGACAGAAAACUGAGAGGAGGAAAGGUGGUGACGUCAGAUUAUGUAAUCCUGAGCCACCGAACAAAAGAUAAGGAUAAGGAACGGAGGCGGGACAUCUAA